AUGACCACAACUGAGAUCGCGUUCUGCGCGAUGAGGAUGUACAGCCACUUCCGGAGAACCGAGGGCAACUACAAGCGCCUGACGGUGAUGCAGAACGCGGAGAAUGUUCCGCCGGUGUAUGAGAUCAUCUGGCAGUGCGACGGGACAUCGGAGGGGAACCCGGAGGGGGAGAGCCGCUUCUUUUCCAGCACCAGCGGCACGGACGCUGAGCAGCAGAAGUCUCUCCUUGCGUGCUUGCUGGCCUUAUCCUGGGACGGCUCGACCAGCAGCCGCAAGACGCUGCAGAGAGCCCUCACGCCGACGAGACCUUCGAAGGUGCCCUCGCCGGAGGACAUCUUCUGGGACGAGUUCAAGGAUAGCACGGACGCCCUGAGUGGAGACGACGAGAUGGUGGUGGUCGCCCGCAUGGUUCUCCUCGUCGCCGAGAGCGCCAACAAGCCGGGCCAAGACGGAGUCUCCUCAGGAGCGUCGUCCUCGGGCGUUCCGCCGGAGGCCACAGCCGGCGGCGGCGAGGAGAGGGAGAAGGAGGGGAUCGAGCACGGGGAUAUCAUGCAGGCGCUGUCUGGGGCGCACCUCCGAGAGAUCGGGAUCGCCAUCAAGGAGGCUAGGCCGGGGUGGCAGGAGGCUCACGUCCAGUGGGUCAACCUGCUCACGCCGGAAGCUCUGGACGCGUUCUUGGUGGAGAAGCUUGAGGCUCGGAGAGCGCUGGUUGAGCUCGACCUGGAGCCCAGCGGGUUGGUGAUCAGGCAUGACGACCAUGGGGUGGUGGAGCGAGUGGAGCCUGCCGUGGAGGAAAAGAAGACGAGCUCUUGGAUGCCUUCGCGAGGCCACCAGCAGAUCCUGCCCAAGUCCUCCAGCCGUAGCCGCAAGGGCCGCGGGCACAGGCGCAGCCGCUCCGUGGAGAGCGGCGGCAGCACGGGAUCAAAGCCUUCGCCGGUGGUGAUCACCACCGUCCACGGCCGAAAGGACAAAAAGAGCGGCGGGACCGCCGGGGGAACCAGCACUAGUUCCGCCGCAUCCGCGGACUCGAGCUUCAAGGCAGGGGGUGGCGACAGGAGCUCGCUCCGUACGGUCUCGCAGCAGAGACCGAGGGGGUCAUCGUCGGAGAAGAGUUCUUCCGCCGCUGGCGGCGGCGGCGGCGGUGAUACCGUCCCGCCCAAGCUUACCAUUGACGCCGGGGACUUCGCGGUACGGGUCCCCGUGAAGGGGACGUCGGUGCGCAGUGAGCUGUCCCGCGGGCUGUCCCCGGCGGGGUCGCAGGCUUCGAGCGUGGUGACCAGGGUGUACGCGCCAUCGUCGGUGGGCGGCGGCGACCAAGCGUCCGUUGUUCGUGUUGCCUGUGUUGGAGCGGAUACCCCGGACGUCGCUCAAGCGCUCGCCUCUCCCACCAACGAGUCCGCCAUGUCCCAAGUCUCCAUCGCGGCGUCGCGGUUCCUCUCUUCGCCGGUCAACAACCCGUUCGGCCCGCAGUUCCGCGGGCAAAGCGCCAGCUCCGGCCUCACCGGGGUUAGCGCGGGCACCGCCGCCGGCUCGGGGUCAGGCGUCGUUCCCGUCGGCGCGGCGAGGAAAGACAUGGGAAUCUCCCAAGACCUGUCCGGCUUGACGCCCACCCGCACGGGCCGCGGCGGGGAGGACGGGGCCCGCUCCCCCGGGGCCUUCUCCGUGGCCGGGAGAUCUGAGGCAGGCUUCUCCGACGCCGCUUCGCGGUACGACAACAGCUUCGCGGCGUCGCGGGAGAGCGGGGUGAGCCUCGCCGGGCGCGUAGGCCUCACCACCGGCGCCGGCGCCGGCGGCCCCCCGACCCGCCUCGACGGCCUGGCGAUACAGCAGCCGUCCUCGCCGAACUCGGCGGCCGCUUCCAGGUUCGACACCUCCUCCCCCGCCUCAGCGACGACGUUCACGUCGAGGGUCGGCGUGGGGUCGCCGACCGCGGCGCCGGUGGGGGCCGGCGGGAGAGCGCGAGUCGGGGCGGGAGGCCCGCUGACCGGAAGGUCGGCGGCGAGCUCCAUGAGGUCAGACGGCGGUUCGUCGUUUUUCAGGGCUUCUGGCGGGUCGCAGAGGAGCGGGGACUCCCGCGGGGUGGGCGGCGCGGGUUCCGCGUCGGCGAGCUCGUGGGACGAGGAAGACCUGCAGAACAUGGGCACGAGGUGGCUGGCAGACCGUGCCUACAACCAGCAGUUUGAUGCACAGAAGUAG